AUGUUCUUCAUUUCAGCAUUUUCCUUCACUCAAACUGGACAAUGUCUCCUAUUCAUUGCAGUUCUAAUGAUAUAUGUAAUGGCUAUACUUGGAAACAUGACAAUUGUGCUAUUGGUGUUUCUGGUUCCCCAGCUCCAUACUCCAAUGUAUUUUUUCUUGAGUAAUCUUGCUAUUAACGAUGUUAUAUUUGUUUCAGUUACUCUUCCAAAACUUCUCUCCAUACUCCUAACACAAGACCAUUGGAUGUCUUUUUCUGCCUGUAUGACUCAGGUGUACUUCUUCCCAUUGUCAGGUUAUUGUGAUAUGUUUCUACUGACCUCCAUGUCCUAUGACCGAUAUGUCGCAAUCUGUAAACCAUUACAAUAUUCCUUACUCAUGAGUAAAGAUAUAUGCAUGGCAUUGGCUCUGUUUACUUGGCUUAUAUCUGUGACUAAUGCAACUAUCAAUUUGUUAUCUGCAUCUCUAUUAUCCUAUUGUCUCACACAAAAUGUUGACCAUUUCUUUUGUGAUCAGAAAGCACUUUAUUUAAUAACCUCUAGUGAUGUUACAGGCAGAUACAUACUUAUGUUAUGUCAGGACGUACUGUUGGCAUUUUUGCCUUUUUUACUCAUUAUAACCUCCUACAUGUUCAUCAUCUCCACCAUACUGAAAAUUCGUUCCUCAGAGGGACGACUGAAAGCUUAUUCCAGUUGCACCUCCCACCUCACCACAGUAAUAUUAUUCUAUGGUCCAAUCAUUAUAAUUUAUGCCAAACCAGAAUCUGAAGGUUCUAAGGACCUAGACAAGCUGCUGACCUUGGUUUAUAUGGCUGUGGUUCCAAUGCUCAACCCGUUUGUCUACACUUUGAGGAACAAAGAUAUUUUCAACGCUAUAAAAAAUAUAAAAAGGAAGUGGAACCUAGGAGCACAAGGCAGAGUUUCACUAACCACUUAA